AAACGAAGCGCGACAGUUGAAACUCAAGCAGCAGGCGUUGCGUGAAUCAUCAGUCCACCGUCCACUGUAGCAAGCAUGAACGCCUGGGUCAUCGUAUUAGCACUCUGCGCCCUCACAUCGACGGCAGCAGCUGGGGGCUACGGCGGUGGCCAUGGAGCGAUCAUCUUGGCUGGACACGGUGGUGGUUAUGGAGGAGGCGGCCAUGGCGGUUACAGCAAAGUGGUGCCUGGACCUUCAUUCCUCGUGAGCACUGUGCACCACGUGCACAAGAUCAGCCACGGCGGGGCCAUUAUCGGCGGAUACGACUUGGUACCCCACGGCGGAGGACAUGGAGGAGGCUAUGGAGCUGGCUACGGCGGAUACGGUGGACACGGAUGGUAAGGUGAUAGAACUCGCUGAAAUUGUCUACGCUGCGAAUACACCAUCGCCAGGCAACUGAAGACGAUGCACAAGCAUCGACGCUGUUCAGAAACAUUUUUAUCGUUGAAACAGGACUGUACAUAGGCAGGAAUAAAGCUCUUGAGUUUUCUUGGUUA